AUGUUGUCGAGCCGUUUCGUGCCUGCUGAAGUGGAGAUUCGGGAUGUGUGGGCGACGAAUCUGGAGGAGAAUAUGAUGGCCAUUCGAGAGGUUGUGACUCGAGGUUGUUACGUGGCCAUGGACACAGAGUACCCCGGGGUCGUUGCCCGUCCUAUUGGCUCCUUUACGACCUCAUCGGACUAUCAGUACCAGACAUUGCGGUGCAAUGUGGACUUGCUACAGAUCAUCCAGCUGGGUGUGGCUUUUUUCAAUGAAGAUGGCUCGUACAUGGAAGACCAGCCGGUGUGGCAAUUCAACUUCAAGUUUAGUCUUAGUGAAGACAUGUACGCCCAGGACUCGAUCGAGAUUCUCAAACAGGCAGGCAUUGACUUUGCUAAACAUGAAGAGAAGGGUAUUGAAGUCGCUAGGUUUGGUGAGCUCCUGGUGCCUUCUGGUCUCGUGCUAGCUGGCCAUGUCAAGUGGGUCUCGUUCCACGGCUCGUCGGACUUUGGCUAUCUGCUCAAGGUGUUGACGUGUGCGCCAUUACCAGCGGAAGAGGAGACGUUCUUUGACUUAUUGCACACGUACUUCCCGGCAACGUACGACUUGAAGCACGUGGCGAUGGACUUUGACAAAGUGGGAGGACUGAGCCGCUUGGCGGAGGACCUCAAAGUGGAGAGAAUAGGGACCAUGCACCAAGCUGGAUCCGACGCGCUGCUCACGGCCGCGACUUUCUUCAAGAUGGUCGAGGUCUUUUUUGAUGGCAAAGUCGAGAAUGCCGUCAAGUACUCUGGUCAGCUCUACGGACUGGGCAACAGCAUCGGUAACUUGGGUCAGGCAUAG